GCUUUCCGACGACCAUACUUCGCCGCUAGAAUCGAGGAAUAAUGGCUGCGCCUUUAGUAGCGGCUCGUGGAGCGUCCUUUGGCCCAGCCUUUGGGCCCAUGGGCCUCGCCCCGGACUGGGGGGAUCGGGGCGUCUCCACUGGGACGACUAUCAUGGCUGUGCAGUUUGAUGGGGGCGUGGUCCUUGGAGCUGACUCCAGGACAACCACUGGGUCUUAUAUUGCCAACCGAGUUACAGACAAGUUGACCCCUAUCCAUGACCGGAUCUUCUGCUGCCGUUCUGGUUCAGCAGCUGACACGCAGGCUGUGGCUGAUGCAGUCACCUAUCAACUAAGCUUCCACAGCAUUGAACUGAAUGAACCGCCCCUGGUCCACACAGCUGCUAACCUCUUCAAGGAGAUGUGUUAUCGUUACCGAGAGGAUCUCAUGGCUGGAAUCAUCGUAGCUGGCUGGGAUCCCUAUGAGGGGGGGCAGGUAUACUCAGUACCCAUGGGAGGUAUGAUGGUUCGGCAGCCUUUUUCCAUUGGGGGUUCAGGCAGCUCCUACAUUUAUGGUUAUGUUGAUGCCUCUUAUCAAGAGGGUAUGAAUGAAAAGCAGUGUCUUCAGUUUACCGCUAAUGCUCUUGCUUUGGCUAUGGAACGAGAUGGCUCCAGUGGUGGUGUGAUCCGGUUGGCAGCAAUUACUGAGAAAGGAGUGGAACGGCAAGUGCUUAUGGGCGACCAGCUUCCCAGAUUCCCUAUUACCGCCUAUCCUUCAGCUUGAGAUCUGCUACCUCCUGUCCUCCGUGUACCUCCCUCUCCCCUCAAUUAUAAGCCAUCUUCAUAUAUACCCAAGAUUCAAUAAACUAUGGGUCAAGGGGA